AUGCCGUUCCUUGAGCAGACGCAGGGCUUUGCAGCCCCUGACAGCCACGUCUCUGCGCCGUCUCUUUUUGAGCUGCUCAUGCAGGAGCAGAUGGAGAAAGGGGUGAAGCCAGCGGUCGAGUACGUACUGCAUACGCUGUGUGAGUCGCUGCCCAACUUGGCGUGUGCGCUGCCUGUACGUCGCCUGGACGAGAGUUAUGCGUUAUUGCAGUUUUGGAUCCAGCGCUACUUCCUGGCACGCUAUGACUGUCUAGCGACUGAGAAAUUCUACGGCAUGAAGCGUGUCAUGCUGAAGACUGUAGAUGGGAAAAGCGCUGGAGAGGCGACGUCUGGGUUGACGCCAAGAGCCAAGAAACUCGCACUUUUAUUUGCUGUAGUAGUGCCGUACUUGAAGUUGAAGCUGGAUGCGUAUCACAAAGAGACGGCGGAGCUGCUAUCUAGAACAGCCGUGCAGAGUACAAGCGCUCGUACAAAUACAGUCACGAGUACGGGGCAGCGGUAUGGAGUCUUUCUGCGACGUUUGCGAAGCAUUGCGUGCUUGCAGGCGCUGAAAAAGAGCUUUGUUACAGCGUAUCCGUUCGCGCACUUCGCGUACGAAGGGUCUUUCUUCGUGUACAAGUGGCUGUAUCUGUUUGGCGAUACACCAUUCUUUUCGCCUUUUUUCCGAUGUAUGAAGACGAUUCUUGUGCGAGUGUCGGCAGAGGAUGCGAAUACGUUUCGCCAGAAUGACAUCGCGUACCGUAAAAAGGUGAUGGAAAGGCUGAGCGGGUCGGGACUGUUUAAUCGGAUCUGUCAAUUAGCAAUUCGCACGGUGUGGGCGACGUCCGAUCACUCGUACGUGCUGCUGCUGUUGGGCAUUGCGGGGUAUAAGUUUGUCGAGUGGAUGUACUCGGAAGAAGGUGUGUCGGCCAAGUUGCGGUAUACUGGAAGCAAGGCGCCAGUCCCGUCUCCACCACUACCACCGCAAUUCUCGGGUCAAGCAUUAGCACUAGCUGCCAUGGAUCCCGCAUUUUGCCCGCUGUGCAAGCAGAAACGGGUGAACCCUGCUAUGACUGAUUCAGGCUACGUGUUUUGCUACCCGUGCAUAUAUCGUUACGUUGAACAUCAUGGAAAGUGUCCCAUUACGCAGAUGAAGUGUGAGCUGACUGCUAUCACCAAGAUCUACGACGAUGCACGUGACCCGUAA